AUGGCCAAUUUGACAGGGAGAAGCAUGGAACCACCAGCUGCUGCAUGGCCACCCUGCGGCUUUCCGUCCGACUGGUCCAUUGAACCUUUGUGGAUUCCUGGCUACCCUGCCGAUUCUGCAAUGUGCUUCCAAACACAUGUUCCUAGCAGCUCUAGCAGAGGGCAGCUGCAGCAGGUUCAGUACACGGCAGCCACAACACCAAAUUUAGCUAUCCAGGAAGAUGAUGAAGAAGAAGAAGCACAAUACAAGACAGAAAUGAAGAUCCACGACCCGAUCCAAGUGUUCGCGGAAGCAGCACACGAGUUCAAGGUCGACAUCGACAUGAAGAACAUGAAGAUCCACAGGUACCCUGCAAGCAUUCAACGUCUCGGCGGCUACUACACAACCCCGACGACGGUGGCCAUCGGGCCUUACCACCACAGGAAGGGCCGCCUCAGGCCGGCAGAGAAGGUGAAGCAUGUGGCCGCCUACCACUGCAUCAUGGAGUCGGGCCGCUCCAUCCAGGAAAUGUACGCCGCGGUGGCCUCGGUCACCGACGAAGCCCGUAGGCUCUACGACACGGACAUGGUGGCCGGUAUGGGCGACGAUGACUUCCUGCCCAUGAUGUUCUAUGACGCGUGCUUCUUGGUGCAGUACAUGCUGACUUGCACCACCAAUGGCUCCGAGAUGGAUCCGUCGAUGCGCAACUACUUCGAUGACAACAACGGCAACAUCUUCCACGACAUCAUCCUGCUGGAGAACCAGCUCCCAUGGCGGGUGGUCAAGACCGUCAUGGGGUUCAGGCCCGUGUCCUUGGAGGAGUUCAUCACCUCAUUGAAAGACGGCCUGCAAGAUCGCAAAUUAACCGAGAAGUCUUUGGUCCUUGACGAUAGCUACGAGCCACCGCACCUCCUCGGCCUUCUCCGGUUCUACAUUGUAGGGAGAAGCAACACCAAGCGCAACUCCCUACCCCAAACUGGGUCGAUGGGGAUCCCUGUGAGCGCCAUCGAGCUCGCAGAAAUUGGCAUCGCACUGACGGCUAACAAGACGGGUGAGCUCAUAGAGAUGGGAGUCAGGAACAAAGGUACCCUCUUCGCCGAGCUCUUCCUGGCACCGAUGCCCCUGGACCAUGUACGCGCGAGCUGGCUUGUCAACAUGGCAGCCUUCGAGGUAUGCACCACCCCGAACUUCCAAGCGGUCGACGAUAAGGAGUCUGUUGUCUGCUCAUACCUCCUCCUCCUUUCAAUGUUCGUGGACCGGGAGGAGGACGUGCAAGAGCUACGAAGGAAGCGUCUCUUGCUGGGAGGAGGAGGGCUCGCCAACAAGGACGCCCUCGACUUUCUCACUGGGCUCCACGGCCUGCCUGCUGGGUCUGGCUACCUCCUCACUAUGGAAGAGAUCCAUAAUUACAAAGCGAAGAGGCGGACGCGGACCCGGUUGCACGCCUUCGUUUACAAGAACUUGAGGAUCAUCAUCGCCUUCUUCUCCGCCAUUGGUGUGCUCGUCAGUAUCUUUGGCACACUCAUGUCUCUCAAGAGACGAUCGCUCCCUUAA